UGGCUUUGUUAGUAAUUUUCUUCCAUGCCAAGGUCAUUUCAUUUCUUCUUCUUUCUCUUGUCACACUAAACUGCCUGUUUACUGUCCACUCUGGCAGCUGGAACCGCCACUUCUGUGUAAGCGGAAUCUCAUAAGUUCAACGAUCAUAGAACCCGAAAAUCCGGUUUUAGAGAGAGAAACAGUAGCGAUUAUAGAGAGAAAAAGGAAUAAGGGGAAAAAAUCCUGAAACUCAAAGGAAAGGGAUGGCCACCCCCGAGGUAAACCGCCAUCGAGCUGGAGGUAGACCGCCGGUACGAGCUAGAAUUCGGCUCCGGCAACUGUUCCGAGUCGCUUCCGUGGCGUGCGGGAUACAGUUCGGGUGGGCUUUACAGCUCUCGCUCUUGACACCUUACGUUCAAGAGCUAGGCAUACCUCACCAGUGGGCCAGCAUCAUAUGGCUUUGCGGUCCGCUUUCGGGCCUUGUGGUACAACCUCUGGUCGGUCACAUGAGCGACCGAUGCAACAGCCGGUUUGGUCGUCGCCGACCUUUUAUCGUGGCAGGUGCUGUUUCUAUUAUCGUCGCCGUUUUGAUCAUCGGUCACUCCGCCGAUAUCGGAUGGUUGUUCGGCGAUACCGACGCUUCUCGGCCGAGAGCUAUCGUGGCGUUUGUUUUCGGGUUUUGGAUUCUUGAUGUUGCUAAUAACGUAACUCAAGGUCCUUGUAGAGCUCUUCUUGCUGACCUAACUGAAAAGGAUCAUCGAAGAACUCGAGUGGCAAAUGCUUACUUCUCACUAUUCAUGGCCAUUGGCAAUAUUCUUGGCUAUGCAACAGGAUCUUACAGUAGUUGGUUUAAGAUUUUUCCAUUUACCCGGACAGCUGCCUGCAAUGUUGACUGUGCAAAUCUCAAGUCUGCUUUCUAUCUAGACAUUAUUUUCAUUUCAAUUACAACAUAUGUGAGUGUUUUAGCUGCUAAGGAAGUGCCUCUAGGUUCAGUUGAGAUAUCUACAACCUUUAAUGAAGAGGGACCUGAACACUCAGGUGGCAAUGCUGAAGAAGCUUUUCUAUGGGAAUUAUUUGGAACAUUUAAAUAUUUCUCAGGGACUAUAUGGAUAAUCUUAUCUGUUACUGCGCUGAAUUGGAUUGGAUGGUUCCCUUUUCUUCUCUUUGACACUGACUGGAUGGGUCGAGAGAUCUAUGGUGGUGAGCCAAAUGAAGGGUCCAAUUAUGCUACUGGGGUCAGAAUGGGUUCAUUUGGAUUGAUGUUGAAUUCCGUUGUUCUGGGAAUUACGUCAGUGCUUAUGGAGAAGCUUUGUAGCAAAAGAGGAGCUGGUUUUAUCUGGGGUGUUUCAAGCAUUCUCAUGGCCCUGUGCUUUCUCUCAAUGCUCAUUCUAUCAUUUGUGACAAACCAUAUGGAUUAUAUUGGCCAUGAUCCACCCCCAGCUGGCAUUGUGAUUGCCGCGCUACUGAUUUUUUCCGUUCUUGGCUUUCCGUUGGCGCCGUUGAGAAAAUUGCAGUUUAAUCAAUCUCAACUUAAUGAUCUUCUUGGUUCAAACCAUAAAGCAUCAUCAACUCGUGGCUGUCCUAACCCCCUAUUUAAUAUUACUUACAGUGUUCCAUAUGCCUUGAUAUCCACACGUAUUGAGUCUUUGGGACUUGGUCAAGGAUUGUCGAUGGGUGUCCUAAAUCUUGCUAUUGUUAUUCCACAGGUUCUGGUGUCUGUUGGAAGUGGACCAUGGGAUCAACUAUUUGGGGGUGGAAACUCACCUGCUUUUGCUGUAGCUGGUGUUGCGUCCCUCAUGAGUGGACUGAUGGCAAUCUUGGCUAUCCCUCGAAGUACUCCACAGAAGACCAGGGCCCUCCCAUGAGCUUUCAAUGAAGUUUGUGUUGAUAAAAAGAAAGAUAAAUUGUAGCUUUCAUUGAAUUCUGGGUGAGACAAGUCGAUCUAAAUUAAGAGGGGAAUACAUUUUGGGAUGAAAAAUCUGCCCACCUGGUCGUAAUGCUGGUGAAAGCGUGGAGUGAGUGAUUCGAGAAUUAGUCCCGGACUACUACUUCUCUUAGCACUGCUGAUUGGGAUCUAUUCUUUAGAGAACAUCAACUUUUUUUUGUACAAAGAAUUUUUAUUGGGUGAAAUGAAACAUUAUAAUUGCCCAUUUCUGGUUCGGUCAUGAUGUAUUGGAAUCUCAUGCAUUGUCUUGUGCCGGAAUUUGUUGAAUGAAGGAGGUGGAUUGUGCUUUGUGGCCAA